AUGCCGUCAGCGCCCGCGCCGUGCGUCACGCGGGCUUCCCCGGGGUACAGGAAAGGGGCGCCGGGGUCGGCCGGCUGCAUUCCGGGUGUCGGGGCCGUGAGUCCGAGGGAUGAGGAGGGGCCAUGGCCAGCGACGGGGGCCAGGAAGCAGUUCUGUAAGCGCAGCAACACAACACCAAGUCCCUGGCAGCAUCCAGCACGUGUAUGGCGCCCAGCACCCCCCUUCGACCCACUGUUUGCAUGGCACCCUGCUCAAGGCCACGCCAAGGUGCCCACCACACCGGUGAAGGCCAGGAGGACCAGCACCUUCCAGGAGUUUGAGAGCAACACCAGCGACGCCUGGGACGCCAGCGAAGACGACGAUGAGCUCCUGGCCAUGGCGGCCGAGAGCCUGAACACCGAGGUGGUCAUGGAGACGGCCAACCGCGUCCUGCGCAACCACAGCCAGCGGCAGGAGCGCCGCAGGCCGCCCGAGCCUCCCGCGGUGCCGAGCGGGUGACCUCCGGCUGGUGAAGUCCGUCAGCGGAGCCACACGUCCUGUCCCGCAGAAAGUGCCAGCGACACCGCCCCUUUGCAGAGGUCCCAGUCUCUGCCGCACUCGGUGACCGUCGCACUUGGCGGGACGUCAGACCCCAGCACCCUCAGCAGCUCAGCGUUAAGUGAAAGAGAGGCCUCCCGGCUCGACAAGUUCAAGCAACUUCUGGCCGGUCCCAACACAGACCUCGAGGAAUUGCGGAAGUUGAGCUGGUCCGGAAUCCCUAAGUCGGUUCGUCCGAUUACCUGGAAGCUGCUGUCGGGUUACCUUCCUGCCAACGUGGAGCGAAGACCAGCCACGCUCCAGAGAAAGCAGAAAGAGUACUUUGCGUUCAUCGAGCACUAUUACGACUCCCGGCACGACGACGCUCACCAGGACACCUACAGGCAGAUCCACAUAGACAUCCCUCGAAUGAGUCCGGAGGCGUUAAUACUUCAACCCAAAGUGACGGAGAUUUUUGAAAGGAUAUUGUUUAUUUGGGCAAUCCGUCACCCUGCCAGUGGAUAUGUCCAGGGGAUCAAUGACCUCGUCACCCCUUUCUUUGUCGUCUUCAUGUGCGAACACAUAGAGGAGGAGGACGUGGAUGCCGCCGACGUCUCCCGCGUGCCCGCCGACGUGCUGCGUAACGUGGAGGCCGACACGUACUGGUGCAUGAGCAGGCUGCUGGACGGUAUUCAGGACAACUAUACCUUUGCCCAGCCUGGGAUUCAAAUGAAGGUGAAAAUGUUGGAAGAGCUGGUGAGCCGGAUUGACGAGCAAGUGCACCGGCACCUGGAGCGGCACGAGGUGCGUUACCUGCAGUUCGCCUUCCGCUGGAUGAACAACCUGCUGAUGAGGGAGGUGCCCCUCCACUGCACCAUCCGCCUGUGGGACACCUACCAGUCCGAGCCCGAGGGCUUCUCCCACUUCCACUUGUACGUGUGCGCCGCUUUCCUGGGGAGGUGGAGGAAGGAGAUUCUAGAAGAGCGGGAUUUCCAGGAGCUGCUGCUUUUCCUUCAGAACCUGCCCACGGCCCACUGGGGCGAUGAAGACAUCAGCCUGCUGCUGGCGGAGGCCUACCGCCUGAAGUUUGCUUUCGCGGACGCCCCCAAUCACUACAAGAAGUGAGCCAGGGCCAGCACAGCCGUGGCUGCGGGCCGGUGGCCAAGGAGAGGCCUUGUUGGAGCGGCCUGCCCUCCAGGAGGCUGGCCAGGCCCGGGCGCAGGGGAGGGCCAGGGCCUGGCCGGGGGCGCCUCUGUUGCCUGAGAUACCAAAGAGAGCCAGGGGAGGGUCCUGGCCGCUCAGGGGGCCAGAGGUGGGCGGGUGUCUCCCUCCCUGUCCCCGGAGCGUCCUUGCCAAAUGACCACCUCCUGGAGCCCCCAGGGCGCGGCAGCCCGAGAGCCAGACCCUCCGGGAGAGGCCUGCUGUCUGGUGCCAGGGGCAGAAGGAGGUGGUGGCCAUCUCAUACCUGCUUUGAAAUGCAAAAAUCCUAUUCUGUUCAGUGAAAGAGAAUAAAAUAUAGACAAAAUAAGAAGUGAACCGCCCUAACCUGUGAAGUCUCUGUCCCCACAGGGCUUCUGGGCGUUGGCCUUGUUCCUGUAACUGCCGUCACUUUCGCUGUGGCUGUCCCUUCUCUCUUGGUGAGGCUCUGGCUCGGGGGCAGGGGGCAGGAGCGGAGUAAAGGCCCUGCUUUGCAUCCCGUCCUCUUCAAAAGGAGCCCUCAGCCCUCAGGAGCCCCUGUGCUGUUCCACCGGGAGGUGAGGGGCUCAGGGCCCUGUGGCCCCGGGGACGAGCCACACAGGCUGAGGCCGGGGAUCCCGCGCCCUGCGCUGGGCCCGCAGGAUGGGCAGGGUUCGGCCUCGAUGAUCGGAGCUCUCGUACCACUCGCCUCAGCCUGGCCGCACCUUCCACGUCUCCGGCGGGUUACAGACAUGCUUGCUCCCCGCCAUUCGUUGGUCACCAAGCAGAGAGCCCAAGUGCAGAAGGUUCUGGACUGGCCUGCCUGGGGCUCUGCGGGGUCCCGGCACACUUCCACCCGCCCCUGCCUGUGCAGGCGUGUGGCUGGCAGGGACGUGGAUGCUCCGAGGCUCUGGGGACAACUCUGACCCCUCAGCUGGGUGGGACAGGCCCUUGUCCUUGGCACCUGCUUCUGGUCCUGGAACAGCCAGGCCAGUGCCCCGUGUUUGCACAGCUCGGCGUGAGGACGCUGCGGGGAGGCUGCAAACGGGACUUGAGUACAUACACACGUGUGACAUGUGUGUCCUUUUUCUCAUUAAAAACAUUCCUCGGUCAUUACAUGUGGUGUGGAAAUCAGCACAAAAUGCUUUGUGAAUGGGAGGUGCUCCCAGGUCAGCAGAGGGCUCGCCUCAGAGCCCCAGCCCCUGGGGUCGGGGGCUCCUCUCCAGCACCCAGCGGCCCUCCGGCUUGCACCCUUUCUCAGCCGGGGCACCCAGUUCCAGGAAGAGCCGCCCAUGGCCGUGGGCAGGCAGCCCCUCCCCCACCCCGGCCCCCAGGAACUGCUGUCUUAGCUCAGAGCGCUCCGUGCGGCCAAGGUGUUGGGCCCCCCAAACAUCUGCCUCUCGAGGCCGUUUGUUCUUCAAACGGGAGGAUCUGCGACUUUAAAUGAGGUUCCGCAUGGAUUUUCCUGCGCGUGUGUGUCUGACCCUGAAGUUGAACGCAGGCUUGUUGAUGCGCGAGUGCCUAUGAGUCUGAGCAGGUCGAUUUGGAACGAUUAAAGGGUGUUCUGUCUGGAAUACGAUGUGUUCAAAUGGGAAUAAAGAUGCAGUGAACCCCCA